AUGGCUUUGGUAUUGGAAUACACCCCUACCACCAGCAAUGGCACGUCGGCCUCAGGCCCUCUGCCUCCUUCCGCUGCUGAAUUUUCAAGGUACGAACUAAAUUUAUUAUUUAUAUUGGAAUUAUCUACUGACGUGAAGGAGAGAGUGUUGCAGAAUUUGUUGAGGUGGUUGUCGAGAUAUGAGGCUUCUCAGGUGAUGGUUUCUGAUGCAAAGUCAAAAUCUGUAUUGCACAUUGAGAUGGCAAAUAGAAGAAUAUUUUUGUGCAAAGACGGGACCAAAUCGUGCAACAAGUGGAGCAAUCAACCAAUGGAGAACAGUAUUAUUUGUAAGGCUUUUAAACCAUCUCUUGUCUUCAAUAAGUGGGCGGUGGAAGACAUUGUUGCUGCUUCAGCUAGCCGAACACCCUGCCGCUGUCUUCCUCCACUGCCAAUACAGUCGAUAUCUAACAUUAGAAAGGCUAAAAAACUCACCACCACUAAAUCCUCUGCCUCUGCCAGAAGCCCCACAAGUGGAAAGCAUCCAAUAUUCCACGGAAUAAGAAGCCGAAGUGGGAAAUGGGUAUCGGAGAUUCGUGAGCCACUAAAGACCACUCGUGUAUGGCUAGGCACAGAUCCUAAGCAGGAAAUGGCAGCUGCAGCCUAUGACGUGCCAGCUCUUGCCUUAAAGGGAAGUGAAAUAGUAGUUAACUUCCCGGAAUAUGUUAGUGUUUCGCGCGGGUAG